UACACCCACACGCACACAAUGUUACUUUUUGCAGCUGUUUGUUGACGUUGACAUUUUGCCAUCCAUCUCUCCCAGACGUAAAUAAAUUCCAAUGAAAUAAAGUUAAACUCGUUCAAUAAAUUGUAAGAAAAAGCCGAUUGACUAAUGUGAUUGUAGCAAACGUAUUAUUGAUGACAAUGUCUAAUUAUCAAGAAAUUGUGAACUUAAACGUAGGAGGCACGAGAUUCUCAACAUCAUGGCAUACCCUGACCUGGGUUCCGGAGACAUUCUUCACUGCCCUCCUCAGCGGCAGGAUCCCUACAGUGCGGGAUGAGACUGGCGCCAUAUUCAUAGACAGAGACCCAAACCUUUUUGGUCUUAUACUUAAUUUUCUACGAACAAGGGACAUAGAUCUUAACAAUGUAAACAUAAGGGCCCUGAGACAUGAGUGUGAUUAUUUUGGCAUUACUCCUUUAAGCAGAAGACUGGCUUUGUGUGAUGAGAUGAACCACUCAACAUGUGGAGAUGUACUCUUCUAUGGAUACCUACCACCACCAUUAAACACAGCCCUGCCAAAUGGUAAUGGUGGACGGAACGGCAACAGUUGCUCGCGGAAGAAUUCGACAGCUUCAAGUACUGAGGUCGCAGUUAAUAGAACACACUCCAGAAACUCCUCGCUCGAUCUCCGCACUGUUGGCAGGAUACCCUCUCAAGAUCAAUUAAGUCGUUGCGGUAGAGGGCAUUCAAGAGCAGCUUCACUUGGCAACGCAGACUGUCACAAGGGACAUCGACCGCCAGACAUGAGUUCCUGGGCUGACAGUAUGAAGGUUCAGAUCAUAAAAGCGCAUCACAAUUGGGUUGCAGUUGCCUAUACACACUUUGUGACUGGUUAUAGAUUAACAGACUCGUGUGGUUGGUACGUAGUCUUCCAAUCACCGGUCCAAGAUUCUGUGAUAGAACGAAUAGCGUUGAAUGCAAAAACCGGUGGCGGCGGGGGCACCUCUAGCGGGAACAGCUCUACCGGUACUGACAUCAUGUUGGGUAUAGCUAGUGGUGCGCAUGUCCGACUGUGGGCAUUCUCCACACACAGCGAACCUGUUAGACGUACUCUGGUUGGUACUUUUAACCUAGGCGUAAGAGUGGAACAUCUACUCUUCGUGGGCCCACAACUAGUGGCCCUCAGUGGCGCUGGGAGCCGCAGCAAGGCAGGAGUUUGGCACACGAGUACCCAGCACUGGCAGACACAGGAUGUGGCUCACCUCACUACGUAUGAAACCGCUGGAUCGUUCCUACUACUCGGUACUGCGACGGGAGCUAUUAAUUAUAUCGAUAUGCAAAAGUUCCCGCUGCGUAUGAAAGACAACGAUCUAUUAGUGACUCAGCUUUAUAAGGAUCCAAACCAAGAGCCAAUCACUGCUAUAUCAGUUUAUCUUACACCUAAAACAAAUCUAUGCGGCAACUGGAUAGAGAUAGCCUACGGUACCCGUUGUGGUUCCGUCCGCGUCAUCGUUCAACAUCCUGAGACAGUUGGCCAUGGGCCUCAACUGUUCCAGACAUUUACUGUUCAUCAGAGUCCUAUCACAAAGGUAUCGCUAUCUGAGAACUACCUAGUAUCUGUAUGUAGCGAGUAUAACCACGUGCGAACUUGGCGCGUCACACGCUUCAGAGGAAUGAUCUCAACGCAGCCGGGAACUACGCCCAAGGCUGCAUUCAAAGUGCUCGCCCUAGAGGCUCCUACGGCACAACCCCAUAAUGAUUGCGGCCCCUACGGUGAGCAGGACGAAGAACAAAUAUUUAUUCAAAAAGUUGUUCCUGAUACAGACACGUUAUACGUUCGGCUAGCUUCGAAUGGUAAAAGGGUAUGUACAAUACGAUCAGUGGACGGCUCGGCAGUAUCUUGUUUCGUGGUAGCGGAGUGCGAAGGAGCGUUGAGGCCUCGUCGAUUGUUACUAUGUGGCCAUAGGUCCGGGGCCACACAGAUGUGGGACCUCACUGCACCUAUAGAUAAGGCUGUUAAACUUCAACCGGUGCCCGGAAGUGGAGCAACUGAUGCCGAGGAAUCUCAAGCCCCGGACGGGGGCCCGACUCCAGAUGAGCUGGUCCGUUUGCUGUCAGCAUGUGACUUGGACGCGACGCCCGUCCCCGUGGUCCCGCAGUCACCGAACCGGCCAAUACAAGCGCCAUGAAACAUGGCCGCCAGCGUCUGCGGGACCCUACUCAGGUUUUACUCUUUAAUCGUCAACGCUUGACUUGAUCUGACUUUUUAUUUCACGUGGUUAUUGUGUGCUUCGA